UAUAAAGGCACGGUAAUAGGUUUGGACAACACGCAAUCUCAACUCAACAGUUGUCCUGGCGAGUACUGUUUUUCAUCAACAGCAGCGCUUUUCGAUAGCUAGAGUUACCAACCCCAUCAUCAUGAAAAUCUUCAUUGUUCUAUCAGCCCUCGUCGCCGUAGGCCUCGCGAAGCCAUCAGCGCCGUUGGCCUACACCGUUCCACUUGCAUACGCGAAGCUUUUGCCAGGAGCUCCGAUCGGUCUGGACGGUCGAGUCGUCGACACCCCGGAAGUGAGUUUCGCCAAGGCCGAGCACGCAGCAGCUCAUCUCAAUGAGAAACUCAACUUGGCUAAGGAGGCUGUGAAAUCCGCGGACUACGUAGCUUACGCCGCGUCACCGCUGAUCGCGCCAGCUCCUCUGAUAGCAACGACCUACUCCGCCCCCUUGGCAGCACAGCUUACGAAAUACACCGCAGGUGGUGCUCCCAUCGGUCUCGAUGGACGCGUCGUCGACACCCCGGAAGUCGCCUACGCCAAAGCCGAACAUGCCGCCGCUCACAUCAACCACAACCUCGAACACAACAGCGAAUUCUUGAGAAAUUCGUACCAAAACUCGCCCCUCCUCGUCUCGGCGUACUCUGCCCCGGUUUACGCCAACGGAUACAUCCAGCAUUACUUGUGAACUGGACCACACGGCAGGACUUCUAUCCUCGCAAAAAUACUUUGAAUACAACCGUUUGUAAAUGGAACUCAAAUGUCGCUGGUCACUUCUCCUCAUCGCCAUCGAGGGGAAGAUAAUAAAAACCGAUUUCCUUCA